AAUUUUGGUUAUUGGGCAUUAGAAUUCCUCUUAAAAGCCCACAUGUAUCCGAAACACUAAAAGGCCCGUUCUCGUCGAAACGAUGCCUUGGUUUUGGAAGUUGUAUCUCAUCAGUUUCUUACAAACGCGUUUGUUGUAUCUGAACAUUCGCGUCUCUAUGUUUCAUACAUUUCUGAUUUUCCCUAUAAGUUCAAUACACUAGCAACGUCGAUGAUUAGGGUAUUAUAAUCUCUUCGUCACACACAUUUCUUUGCAUCUACAUUUGUAAAAGAGACUCUCUCUUCUUCUUUUGGUCUAUCAAAGAUGCAAGAAACCCAAACGAAGUUGUCUCUGAGUGUAACACCAGUUAAUGCAAAUGCCCCACUCCCACAGAAUCCCGCAAUUCCUCUAGGCUUGAUUGCUCCAUAUCAUCAACAAGCAAAAGACAUUAACCAUAUGUUACAGAACCAGAUGACAAGAGAAUUGUAUGGUCAAUUAAGAAGUCUCGAGGAGAGAGCCAUCUUUUGUGUGAGGGUAAAAGACAAAGUCAUCGAAGAUAUGAAGAAACAAUGUGGAGAAAUGGAGAUUCGUACGAGAAAAGCGUUAGCAGAAGCAGAAUUUUGGAGGAAGAUGACGAAUGAGAAAACGGACUUGUGUAGAGACCUUGCGGGGAGACUUAUUGAAAUGAAAAAGAGAGAAAGGGCGACGAGACGACUGGGGGUGAGGGAAAUGGCAGAGAAGGCUGAGUCGUCUACUGGUGAUAAUGGUGACGAUGUUGUAGACACAGCAAGAACCCGUUUGUGCAAACGACGCCGUCUUUGAAAGAAUGAGUCGGGAUUUGAGGUUGUGACGUUUUUUAAGCAUGUGUGUGUGUGAAGAUGACAUCAUCAUGAUGUAACUCGGUGUGGUUUAUCAUUGUACCCACUUCCUAGACAUCUGAGUUUAUAAAGGGGAGAGGGAAAAUGUUUGAUAAUAUCAUUCGGUUAUAUGUUUUAGUGCCUAUAUAUAUAUUUGUUACAUGCGCACUUUAUUUUUGAACAUGAAUAAUGUAAACCAUGCUACGUUUUAUUUUUCUUUUUCAAGAUUAUUUAACAAUUUGGUAAUGCAACCUAAUACAUAUUAUGAUGGGGUUGAAAGCCUAAUAUUUAAAA